AAGCUCAAGGCGAGGGUGAAACAAUUCAAUCAUACUUGCACCGGCAUUUGGUUUUUCUCCUUCUCAGCCUUCAAAUAAAGGAUGGAGAGGAACAUAUCCCUGGUUUCCCUGUUAUGCUUCAUUAUUUUCAAUGGGUGUUUGGUGUUUGAGGCGGAUGCUGUGAAAAGCCAACGCAGCGAAAAGCUCAAGCUGAUUCACAGGCAUUCACCUGAGCUAGGACACAAUCCUGGAACGACCCUUGGACCCCCAAAAAAUUCAGAGGAACGAUUAAAACAGCUGGUGCAGAGCGACAAGGCUAGACUUCAUGCCAUUAAACGGAGGCUAGGCGUAGUGGGGAAGGCGAACGAUUGGGUGGAGUUCCCAUUCCGAUCGGCGGCAGAUAUGGGGAUCGGGCAAUACUUUGUUUCCUUGAGGAUGGGGACCCCUGCCAAGACCUUUACUCUGCUGGUGGAUACGGGUAGCUGUCUUACGUGGUUUAAAUGCAAAUAUAUGUGCGUUGAUUGUUCCUCAGUCGAGGAAGGCCAAAGGUAUUUUUACCCUAAUCAAUCAAGAAGCUUUAAGAGCAUUCCAUGUUCAUCACAAGAGUGCAAGACCAUCGACAAAGCAAGUACUCUCGUAACUUGCCCUCAUCCAAACGCACCAUGCUAUUAUGAUUACAGUUAUUUGGAUGGAUUAAAUGUGGGGGGAUCCUACUUCAAUGAAACAGUUAAAUUCCGAUUCAGCAACGGCCAAAAGAAGGGACUAGAAAUGACGAUGGGGUGCACCGAUGGUUUAAACCAAAAGAAUAGGUUUAAGACAGUCGAUGGGAUACUAGCAUUAGGACUCAAUCCGUUGUCUUUUGCUGUGAAAGCAGCACAUGAGUUCGGGGGAAAGUUUUCCUUCUGCUUGGAGAAUCAUUGGAUCAUAAAAUCGGAGAGCAGCUACCUCGUCUUUGGUGCAGAAGAUCAAGUGCCAAACAUGCAAUUCACAGAUCUGUUAACCGAAGAAUCAAAAAUGACCUCACUUUAUCCUAUAAAGGUCACCGGUAUCUCAGUUAAUGGCACGAUGCUGGAUAUUCCAUCAUAUGUAUGGGAUAUGACUGACAGAGGAGCCGGUGGGAUGAUUGUGGACUCAGGUACUACCGUAACGCAUCUGGUGGAACAGGCGUUCGAAAAAGUCAUUGCUGCUUUCGAACCUUCUUUAAGCAUGUAUAACAAGACGAAAGGGAAUUUGGAUUAUUGCUUCAAUGCUCCACCAGAUGGAGAGUUUGAUGAGACGCGCGUUCCCCGAGUGGCCCUCCAUUUCGAGGGGGGAGCUAAGCUCGAGCCGGCGGUCAACGGUUAUAUCUUCGACGAUUCUAAAGGAGUGAAAUGCCUAGGGUUUACUAGGUUAGCUUGGCCUCAAAUGAACAUAAUGGGCAACCUCUUAAUGCAAAAUCAUUUGUGGGAAUUCGAUCUCGCAAACAAAAAGGUGGGUUUCGCUCGUAGCAAGUGCAUGUUGGAUUAAUCCACCAUUAAAUUAAACCUCUACUAUAGGCAUGGAGUACUGUAAUUGAAUUUCCAAGUUUUCAUGUCAACAGCUUUUCAAUAAUAUAACAUAUUACAUAAUGUGUGAUGCAUUAUAGCUAGUUUUAUAUUUUCUAGCCAAAUAACACAAUAAUACAUUCAUUAUUUUCUUUA